AUGUCGAUAAACAUGAGAACGCUAACCCAAGCUCUAGCCAAAACCGCGGCGGUGAUUGAGAAGAAGGUUCAAACCACAGUCCAGGAAGUUACAGGUCCCAAGGCUCUUCAGGACUACGAGCUCCUCCAUCAGAUCGGUUCCGGUGGCCCUGGGCUCGCCUGGAAGCUCUACUCGGCCAAGGCGCGUGACUCCACGCGGCCACAGCAGUACCCCACGGUCUGCGUCUGGGUACUUGAUAAACGCGCCUUGUCGGAGGCUCGUGCCAGGGCGGGGGGAUUAUCCAAAGCUGCGGAAGACUCGUUUCUCGAUCUGAUUCGCGCUGACGCGGGGAAGCUUGUGCGGUUAAGACACCCCGGUGUGGUCCACGUGGUUCAAGCGCUUGACGAGAACAAGAAUGCUAUGGCUAUGGUUACGGAACCGUUAUUCGCAUCCGUGGCUAACGUCCUUGGAGAUGUUGAGAAUGUGGAUCACGUGCCCAAAGAUCUCAAGUCCAUGGAGAUGAGUUUGUUGGAGGUGAAGCAUGGUCUCCUUCAAAUGGCGGAGACGUUGAACUUUCUUCAUAACAACGCACAUCUUGUACAUCGUGCUGUUUCUCCCGAGAAUGUUCUUAUUACUUCGGCUGGUUCCUGGAAGCUUGCUGGAUUUGGCUUUGCUAUUUCACAAGCACAGGCUGGGAAUUUGGAUAAUAUGCAAUCAUUCCACUACGCUGAAUAUGAUGUUGAAGACUCGAUUUUGCCACUUCAACCAUCUUUAAACUAUACUGCACCUGAAUUGGUGCGGAGCAAAACUCCAUCAGCUGGAGCUUCUUCAGAUAUUUUUAGUUUUGGUUGCCUCGCCUAUCAUUUAGUUGCACGGAAACCAUUGUUUGAUUGCCACAACAAUGUCAAGAUGUACAUGAAUACAUUGAACUAUUUAACAAAUGAAACUUUCUCAUCUAUACCCUCGGACUUGGUAUCUGAUUUGCAACGGAUGCUAUCAACGAACGAGUCCUUUAGACCUACAGCAUUGGAUUUCACAGGAUCUAAUUUUUUCCGGAGCGACACUAGGUUACGUGCCCUCCGUUUUCUUGAUCAUAUGCUUGAACGAGACAACAUGCAAAAGUCUGAGUUCUUAAAAGCAUUGUCAGAUAUGUGGAAAGAUUUUGAUUCCCGUGUAUUGCGGUAUAAGGUGCUUCCGCCUCUUUGUGCUGAACUUAGGAAUUUGGUUAUGCAGCCAGUGAUUCUUCCUAUGGUUCUCACUAUAGCAGAGUCUCAGGAUAAGAAUGACUUUGAGUUGACAACGCUCCCAGCUCUUGUUCCUGUUUUGAGUUCUGCUACGGGUGAUACUCUACUGUUGCUUGUAAAGCGUGCAGAGCUUAUAAUUAACAAGACUAGUGCAGAGCAUCUUGGAUCACAUGUCCUCCCUUUGCUUCUCCGAGCCUACAAUGACAACGAUGUCCGGAUACAGGAGGAAGUUCUGAAAAGAUCUACAUCUGUUGCUAAACAACUUGAUGGUCAGGUCGUAAGGCAAGCAAUUUUGCCUCGUGUUCAUGGCUUGGCUCUCAAGACUACAGUCGCUGCCGUAAGAGUAAAUGCUUUGCUCUGCUUAGCAGAGUUGGUUCAAGCGCUUGACAAACAAGCUGUUGCUGAAAUUUUGCAAACAAUUCAACGCUGUACUGCUGUGGAUCGUUCUGCACCUACGCUUAUGUGUACUCUUGCAGUCGCUAACGCAAUUCUCAAGCAGUAUGGAGUUGAAUUCACUGCUGAACACGUGCUUCCUCUGAUUAUACCGCUUCUCACUGCCCAACAAUUGAACGUCCAACAGUUUGCUAAAUAUAUGCUAUUUGUCAAGGAUAUUCUCAGGAAAAUAGAGGAGAAAAGGGGAGUUACAGUCAAUGAUUCUGGAGUUCCAGAAGUUAAACCAGGCUCUUUUGCAGAUAGGAUCCAGUGUCCAGCACCAACCCAAAAAAUUGAGAAGGUUGCUUCUGCAGCAAAGAACAGUCCUGCAUGGGAUGAAGACUGGGCCAUCCCGACCAAAAGUUCUGCUUCAAGAGAUACUGGACCUGCAAACUCUCAGAUUAACAACUCUACAGUUCAGCCACAGCCACAACCACAGCCAUCAAACAGGACAACAGUGCCAACGACAUGCGCUCCAGUUGAUAUAGAGUGGCCACCAAGACAAUCCUCUAAUGUCAGUUCUCAGCCAAUUAAUGACGAGGCCCGGCUAAACUCAGGAGGAACAUCAUCAACUCCGAGUUUUGAUGAACUAGACCCUUUUGCUAAUUGGCCACCACGAGCCAACAGUGAUUCCAUUGCUUCUGGAGGUUUCCACAACGGUACCACCGCCACUCGACCACCUCCACUGAACAACAACAGUGGUUCUAGUUUGAGUAACAAUAUAACAGACAUGAACCAGUUUCCAACAGCUAACAACGACUUCUGGGCCUUUGGCAAUGCCUCCGUCCCUUCUUUGAAAUCACAGCAAGAGGGUUUAGGUAUCAGUGCAAGUAGCCAAGAUCCUAUGAACUCUUUUGGGCUUCAAAAUCAGAACCAAGGAAUGCCGUUGUCUUUCGGAAGCAGUUCAUACAGUAACCAAAAGCCGCCAGCAGAUAUCAGUUCCAUAUUCAAGUCAAGCAAAACUGAGCAAUCUGCAAUGAAACUCGCACCACCACCUUCGACUGCAGUGGGAAGAGGAAGGGGAAGGGGUAGAACUGGGACAUCUACCUCAAGGUCAAGUGGUUCGAAGCAGCAACAAACUGAGCAGCCAUCGCUGUUGGAUCUUUUGUGAUGAAAUCGUUGGUUGAGAGAGAACAUUGUUGGGUUUGGUCAAAAAACAUUAGCAGAGCGAGUGAGUUGGUCGUUUGUUUUGUUAAUUCUUCAGGCUAGAAAUUCCACCAUCAGUUAUUAUACAUCACAGCCACAGGUUCUUUCUCUAAACUCUCUGAAUCUUUACUCUUUAUUUUUCUUCAAUAGCCAACUCUAAAUCUUGUCGGUAUUUUUAUCAUAGAUUUAAAUUCGAGUUUCUGUGCAGUGAGUGCAAUGGUAUGUUAUAUGUAGGAGAUGAUUAUCGUUUUCAUGUACAUAAUAUUUUCUCUUGCAUUUUAUAUAUACAUGUUCUGAAGAAAAAUCGUAUGUCGA